AUUUAACAACAGUAGAGGGGCGCAAACAUAAUUCCCUAAAUUUCCCAGCUAAUUCAAUGGCUCAGUCCAUAAUCUUUCAACAUAAACCCUAAAAACCCUCCCAAAAUUUGAAACUUGGAGCGGAUUAUACAAUCAGAUUUCAACAAUGUUUGGAGCUUCUGUUUCAAAAUGCAAAUCCCAUAUGAGGAUUUCGAUUUUCUUAAGCUGUUACUAUCAUUUUCCCGGCGUUCGUAAUCCUUGUUCAUUCACAGCUCUGCCUGGUUUCAAAAGAUCUUCUCUUUUUAGUUGUGUUAAAUCCAUCCCACUAGGAGUUUUCUGGAUUUGGCCUUGGUUUCAAAGUUUCGGUUGUUCCAUCACCAGUCAUCAAUUAGUAUGUACACAGGCUUCUAGUUCUAGUAGUAUACAUGAUGAAGUCUUAGAUCAGAUCCUCUCUGAAAAGAAGAAUUCUUCUGAAUCUACUGUAAAAAUUUGUGAAGCUCACGUUGAUCGGCUAUGUAGUGGCGGACACCUCAGAACUGCGGCUAGGUUAGUGCAGUCUUUACGUGAUAAAGAAAUUCCUCUCUCUCUUCGUACUUAUAAUCGUCUUCUGGAAGCAGCUGUUGAGCAAGGUGAUUUUGACAUUUUAUCUCAAAGUUUCAAGUGUCAGUUGUUGUCAAGUAAUUCUGUACCUCCAAAAUCAUUCCGGAUCAUUGCCAAUGCUUUUGAGAAGAAGUAUGAUGAUGCAUUAUUGUUGAAAUUUGUUAAAGAAGUUUCAGAAUUAGCGCUGUCAAGAAUCGUUACCAUUAUGAACCAGAUGAUUUAUGGUUUUGGUGACUGUAGACAGGUAGAUAAGGCUCUGUUAUUAUUUGAGCACAUGAAGGCUUUUAAGUGCGAGCCGGACUUGGUUACUUAUAACACUAUCCUGCUGUUAUUAGGUCGAUGUGGGCGAAUAGAUGACAUGCUUGAUCAGUUUGCUUCUAUGAAAAAGGUCGGUAUUGUUCCUGAUAUAAUUUCUUAUAAUACAAUAUUAAACAGCUUGAGGGAAGUAGGUAGAUUUGAUUUGUGCUUAACAGUUUUUGACGAGAUGCGCAAGCAAGGUGUUGAACCCGAUUUGAGAACGUACACAGAUUUAAUUGACAUCUCUGGAAAGUUGGGGAACACUGAGGAAGCUAUUAGACUUUUUGAUGAGAUGAAGCAAAAAAAUAUACGCCCAUCGAUUUAUGUUUAUCGGUCGUUAAUUCAGCGCUUGAAGAAGAUGGGCAAAUUGAAGUUGGCGUUGCAGUUGUCAGAGGAGAUGAAUAGGGAUCAAUCAAAACUUAUUGGUCCUAAGGAUUUCAAAAAGAAAAGGCGAUAGCCUAAAUUAUCAGGGUAAUUGAUUAUUUUAUACAGAUUGGCGUUUACGACCGCACAGAAGAAGCCAUUUUGGUGAAACCCAGCACUUUGGUUGCCUGAAUUCGCGGGGUAAUUUUGUACAGAUUGGCUUUACGACUGCACAGAAGAAGCCCUUUUGGUGAAACCCAGCACUUGGGUUGAGGUUCAUAUGAAUUCAGCUAGCACAUGCUCUGGGUAUGUUUUGGUGUAAAUAUUCUACCCUUUAUCUUCUAGUCAUCGAGAUUGGUUGAUGUGUUUAAAAUCAUUAGGUAUUGUUAUCACCUAAGGUAGUAACAAGAGAAUGAAUGCUCUACCCCGGUAGAAAGGGUUCCUCUCGGCAUUUGUUUGACUUUUGGUAAUAGGUGGAAAGUUAAGGUUUACCCGAAGCUGGUGUGCCUGCUCAUGGUGAUGAAUUUUGUAUGAGCGUUAUAUUUCUAUUUUGCCAUUUUAAGCAGUAACAAACUGCUUGGAUCAUAGGAGAAACUUCUCAUAUUUUACAUUUACUAGCAAAGUCUUUAUACCAUUCUGAAGCUAGCUGUGAAUUUGACUUCAUGUAAUGUUUCAUUGAGGUCGUAGUGCCUGGUAGCUUCACACCUCCAUUUUGUAUUAAGCUAUUAGUUUGUUACAAGAUUGACCUUGUAAAUAAUUUUUUUGCUGAUGAAAUGUAGGGAGAAAUAGCAACUUUUUAGUGCAGUGGGUACUAUGUUGUAUGAAAGUGAUAAUAUAAAUAGUAAGCAGACGGUACUAUGUUUCUGCUCAUUUUCAG